UUUAAGUACAUUUACAUUGCAUACAUUUAAUUUGCUCACAAUAAAGCUUUACGAUACAAUAUACUACUAAUUUGUAAGUAAAUAAAGCUAUUUUUAUGUACUUAUGUGUAAAAGAAAAUUAUUCUUAUUGCCGGUUUCAUAAAGUGUAUAAUUAUAUGAACUAGCUACUUCUGCGCGGUUUCACCCGCUGUUCUGCUCCUAUUGAUCGUAGAAUAUUUUAUAGCCUAUUGCCUUCCUCGAAAGUCUGCAUUUUUAUAAAUAUUAAUCUAUCAAAAUUAAUAUCUAAUACAUUUAUUUGCAUCAUAUUGCUUUGGUUGGAUAAUUAAAUCUACACUAAUAUAACGUUUGAACGCGCUAAUUGCCGGAACUACUCGUCUCAUUUAAAUUAUUAUUUUUGUGUUAGAUAGAGCAUCUAUCGAAGAAGGCAUCACGCUCUGGCUAAUAGUGCAGUGCGAUGCGCGCUCGAGUACGGACGUGUUGCAGUUGUACGCAAAGGUCGCGGCGUAAGUCGCUGCCCGAUAUUUCGCAAUGAGUUCGCAACAACUUAUCGCAAACGAGCUGUUGGCGUUUAUACAAAAUGCCAUCGACACCAUGGACGAGAUCAGCAUCAUGCAAAUUUGCAAGUCGAACUUCAAAGAAGACGAGAUCAGCAAAGGCAAGAUACUACUCUACCAAACGACCGGGAAGCUGGACCAAAUGCCAUCGAGGAGGAGAGAUGGCACGGAUAAGAGCGUCCAAGACAUCAUCACCUUUAUGAAGGCGACCGACCCUGACGACGUGCCGACUUUUGUGGCGAAGGAGCUACAUAAGUUGCCGCCCGUCACUUUCGACCACGUAGAUGUCACCAGGCUGCUGAAGGAUAUCACAUCAUUGAAGUCUAGCCUGGCCCAGAUGCAGUGCAAGUUGGAGACGUCUGAUGCCACCAUCCAGGAACUGCGUGCCGAGAUAGUGUUGUUACGCAAUGCUGUUUCGGAAAGUAGGUCUCAAGACGAAGCCAACGUGAACACACGUCGCGGGGCGCAAAACGUUUCAGUCAGCAGUUUUGCAUCGGCGAAACUGAACUCAUCGCCUAGUGCAAAUAAUGAGGUCGAUGCACCGUGCCCCGCCGCUCCUCGUGUCUCUCCACGUGCAGAGAACACGUCACGCGAAGCUACGUCGACCCCCAAAGUAGCUUACGCCGCAAUUGCUGCCGCAAACAAAACAGCUGCUACGCUACCUAAGCAGCCAAAAAGGGGUAAGCAGAACCGGCGCUGUGAAUCCGUAUCAAGGAUUCCGGUACAGCGCUGUCCAGGAAAGCCUGAGUGUGAUAAGGAUGGCUUCAUCAAAGUUCAAAAGAAGAAGCUUACUUCUCGCAAUCAGUGCGGUACUGGACUGACCGGACCUAACAUGCUGCUGCGUCCAGCUGUGCCUACGACGCUGCUGUAUGUGUCCCGAUUACACCACACCACGAAGGUUGAGGACAUCGUGGAGUAUGUGAAGGUGAAGACCAACUGGACCUUGAGGGUCGUAAGGUUGGAACCGCGUCAAAAUACCAACUUCAAGUCGUUUGUGGUGCGAGUUCCAACUCAACAUCUAGAGAAGUUCCUCAAGGCAGAAUUUUGGCCGAAGGGUGUCAUAUACCGGCGUUUUCGAGGCAGGCUACGUGACACCGAGCAGCGUAAUACGACGCCACGCAUCGUCACAUCGUGUGACCUCAAUAAUUAAUAUAAGAAUUAUGUAUUUAUAGUA